GGCUUGUGAGCGCAUGAGCAUUCGUCAGAGUUUCGUGCGAUCACUGAUGGGGCUCGGAAGGCUCUUACCAGCAUUAUGACUACCAAGGCCCAAUCGCUGCAGAACAGGACGCAAUUGAUCGCGCAUUUCGAUGACGUCCAGUGGGACUUAAGUUUCAGCACGUGCGACGAAGCUGACAGCGCCAGCGCCCGCGACAAACAGAGUGCCGGCUGGUCCAAUCCCUGGGAGUUUGACAAGCCAGACUUGUGGGAUCGCGGAAGACCUUCGCCGGCUCUGGUGACAUUCCUGUGGACACACCCGCCCGGCAUCGAGCUUGGUGCCAGCACACGCCCAUUGAAGGCGUUCAUCCCUGGCUGUGGCAGGGGCACGAUGUAGCAAUGCUGGCAUUGAACGGCUUCGAAACCUGGGGUUUCGAGGUCUCGCAGAAAGCUGUUGAUACGGCAAAUGCCAACAUCAAGGUCCAGUUAGCCAAGCCGGUAGACGACAACUUUGGUAAAGGAGGAGGUCGAUCCAAGCCUGCAGCUGCAAAGAUCAUGCUUGGUGACUUUUUCGAGCGAGAUUGGGAGAUCCAGGUGGGUACUGACUUCGAAGGAUUCGAUAUUAUUUACGACUAUACUUUUCUCUGUGCCUUACUGCCGUCGAUGCGACGACACUGGGUGCAGCGGAUGUCACAGCUGCUCUCUCUAUCUGGCAUGCUGAUGUGCCUAGAGUUCCCCUUGUGGAAACCUCUGGCAGCUCCAGGUCCACCAUGGGGUCUCAGCGGAGUGCACCGAGAUAUCCUGACAGAGGGGGGGACGUGGGUCGUUGAUGAUGCGGGGUCCCUGAGCAUACUAGAUAGUGACAUUGGUGCUUUUGAACGAGUCGCGUACUGGAAACCGCCGAUAUCGUUCGAACAAGGUCGCGGUGAAGAUAUGAUCAGCGUCUGGAAGCUGCGGAAGAUGGGGUAAGGCCCUGAACUCGAACGUUCCAGCAGAUGGGUCGAAGAGCGGCUGAGAAGUUUCAUAUACCGAUCGGCGGUCAUCAAGAGGAGCAGUGACAAGGGACUGAACCUGUGUACGUUAUAUCCUUGCUAUGCCUAAGGCUUCAGCUCAGACGUUGAAUCCCGAGAAUGCCAC